AUGAGCUCAGACCAGUACAACAUAGUCUGCUACGCAGAUGAUGCAGUGCUAAUGGCUGAGAACGAAGAUGACCUACAGCGCCUACUUCAAAAAUUCAAUAUCAGCGCAUUGAAAUACAACAUGAGCAUCUCAACUUCGAAGACCAAAGCCCUUACAGUCUCAAAGGAACCUAUCCGCUGUAAGUUGUACCUCAACAAUGCUCCCAUUGAGCAAGUCAUGGAGUUUAAAUACUUGGGAGUUGAAACAACUAGCCAUAGGGAUCUGCAUGCAGAGGUGCGUCAUCAAGCCGCAAGAGCAGCCGCAAUAUCCGGGUGUCUGAGAGACGUGGUUUGGAAGAAUAAAUAUAUGAAUAUUAAGAACAAAAUUCGAAUCUAUAAAACUUGCGUCCGACCCAUAAUGACAUACGCAGCAGAGACAAGGGCGGACAAUACAAGAACCAAACGCACGCUCAGGACUACCGAAAUGAAAACUCUAAGAACAAUAUGCGGCUACUCAUUACGCGAUAAAAAGAGGAGUUCAGAUAUUCGCGAGGAGUGUGAAGUUCAGGACAUUGUGCGAUGGUCAAGGUCAAGAAGGCGAUACUGGAGAGAUCAUGUGAACCGAAUGGACGACACUAGACUUGCAAAAAGAGUCCAAAAAAAUCUCCCAGCAUCGAAUACAAGACCAAGAGGAAGACCACCGAAAAGAUGGUACGAGUCUUGGACAUCAGAAUCACAACUCCGGUUGAUGCUCAGUACCAUGACACCUUCAAACACUCAAUCACGAUAA